CACCCACCAUCUCUCUCUCACACAUCUUCAGAGCAAAGAAAAAAAAAAAAGAUUACAGUGAGACAAUCAUGGCCGUUGAUCUAAUGCAUUUCCCUAAGAUGGACGAUCAAACCGCUAUCCAAGAGGCUGCAUCGCAAGGCAUACAGAGCAUGGAACAUCUGAUCCGUGUCCUCUCCACUAACCGCACCGAACAUAACAACAACAACAACAACAACGUUGACUGCUCCGAGAUAACCGACUUCACCGUUUCCAAAUUCAAAACGGUUAUCUCUCUACUUAAUAACCGUACCGGUCACGCCCGGUUCAGACGCGGACCGGUUAACUCACCUCAACAACAAAACACUCAAAAAAUCUCUAUAACAGAAACUCCGGUUAUCUCUCAACCGUCUAAACCAACGGUCGUGAAUCUUGAUUUCACUAAACCUGGAAUCUUCGGGUCAAGCUCCAAGAGCUCUGAGAUGGACUUCGCCAAGGAGAACUUCACCGUCUCUUUAAACUCUUCUUACAUGUCGUCGGCGAUAACCGGCGACGGGAGCGUCUCUAAAGGAUCUUCGAUCUUUCUAACUAACUCCUCUGGUAAGCCACCGUUGGCUAGAAAAAGAUGCCUCGAGCACGAGCACUCUCAGAGUUUUUCCGGCAAGGUCUCCGGCUCCGGCGUCAAAAAAUGUCACUGCAAAAGAAGUAAAGUGACAAGAACCAUCAGGGUACCGGCGAUAAGUUCAAAGGUCGCGGAUAUUCCAUCGGACGAGUAUUCAUGGAGGAAGUACGGUCAAAAACCGAUCAAGGGAUCACCACAUAAACGUGGUUACUACAGGUGCAGUGCGUUUAAAGAUUGUCCAGCGAGGAAACACGUGGAACGAGCUUUGGAUGAUCCUAAUAUGCUUAUCGUGACUUACGGUGGGGAGCACCGUCACAACAAGUCUGCGAUGAAGGAGAAUGUCACUUCUUCUUCAGGCGUUAAUGAUUUUGUGUUUAAAUCGGCUUGACUUUGACCUUGUUUUUUUUGAUUUUUUUGAGUAAUAGAGAGAUUGAUUUUGUAAAUGUUUUUGUGCUACAAACAUAUUUUAAUUAGAAAAAAUUAGUUUAUGGUGGAAUGUAUACUUUUAUAAAAUAUCUUCGUCUCGUGGUGAAUGAUGAAAUUAGAUGAUCAGCAGAUAUGGGUACAAGGUAGUGGUUAUGGAAUUAAUUGCGCAC